AUGUUAAAACCUGGCGGAAAUCUUAUUACAGAACCUUUUCUCGCCUCGUUAUUUUGCAAGCUUGGGAUUUAUGUACGAGCCAUGUCUUACGUGGUGUCUGUUUUGAGCCUGGUCCUCAUCGCUGUGGACAGAUAUAUAGCAACCGCAUUCCCGCUGAGAGCUUCGCGUAUAACUGGAAAGAUGCGGACAAUUUUACUGACAUUAUGCUGGUGCCUUCCUACAGCUUUCCUCGCCCCGUAUUUGAUUCACUCUGAAAUUGUUCAAAUUGACGAACAUGCUUUUUGUAGAAACAUGAUGGGGCCAAACAAACAGGAAAUUUACAGCUUUUUGGGGUUUGUAGUGUUUUAUUGUGUGCCCCUUGUUUUAAUAAUUGUUUUAUACUCUCGUAUUGUAAAGUAUCUACAAAGACGGAAAAAAAAACCUGAUGGUGAAAUAAGAGGCGAAGGAUCAAGAAGACUCAGGAUAAGGCAAAAUCAAAACGUCUUGAAAAUCUUUGGGUCAAUUGUUCUCGGAUUCUUUGCAUGCUGGACACCACUUUAUAUUUAUAUGUUUCUA